AUGAAUUUCAACAAGUUUCUAAUCAUAAUUUCGUGUUAUUUGGCAUGUGUAUUUGCAUUGGCAAAUCAAAAUGAUGGUGGUGAUGACGAUUCGAAAACCAAAAAGACAACUACAUGGGUAUGGGUUACAACUACUAUUGGUGGUCAACUUGCAACAAUAUCUACAGCUUACUCUCAAAAGUUUAUAAGUACCCAUAGUAGUGAAGAUGCUAAAUCGGUGGCCAGCGGAGAGAUCGGGUUGGGUUCUUUGAGUGGAAGUGUUGGUGGUAUUAAAACAUAUAGUCAAACAACUAUUACCAAUGCUAACAUAGCCCCAAGCAAUAACAAUGUUUUCCUCGGCAUUGAGAGUUUGUACACAGGCAUUGUUGGUGGUAUUGUUUUGAUUUUAGGUUUAUUAUAA